GCAGAUUACCCAACAUGCAACUACCACCCUGUCUCUCUUCUCUCAAACACACACACACUCUUACGCUUACUUGACUGGAGACCUCUGGUAGGAUAGCACGUGCAGGAGAGCAGAGAGGACGUGAACUGCGGACGUUUCUGGACAAACACUGACACAAAUAUGGAGCAGGAAGAUCUGAUUGAAAAGGACCUGACCCUGAGCGUGCUGCUCCCAGAGGGUCAUGAAAAAACAGUUACAGUGCAUGGCAGUAAACCAGUGAUGGACGUACUGGUCAUCCUGUGUGCUCGGUACCACUUGAACCCCUCAGACCAUGUGAUCGAGCUUUUUUCCAUGAACCACAACAAGCUGAAAUUCAAGCCCAGCUCUCUGAUUGGCUCUCUGGAAGCUGAGCUCGUUGUGCUGAAACCUAAACGCAGUGACAUCAGAAAAGCCCCCAACAUGCCUGUGGCUACAGUGCGUCUGUUGAUCAACUACAGGAAGUCCCAUAAGGCCGUAGUGCGAGUCAGUCCCAGGGUUCCUCUGGCGGAGUUAAUGCCGACUGUGUGUGAGAAGUGUGAGAUGGACCCGAAAAACACUGUGCUGUUGAGAGACAGCCAAUCGGAAGAGCCGCUGGAUCUGACGAAAACGCUCAACGACUACGGCAUCAGAGACGUGUAUGCGAAAGCUGUUUCAGGUUCUCCAAAUGACCCAGCAGCACUGACUCAGAAAGACUGUAAGAAGGAGAAACUGCUGACGCAGGAGAAAGUCCUCGGAGAGAAAGAGAACCGAGGAUUACUCGGCUUGUUUAGGAGAAGCAAGAAAUCUGCCGAAGAGACUCCCACCAACACCGACCCCAUCAGCGCCACCGCCUCUCUGGUGCUGAAAGAUCAGCAUGCAAUCAACACGCACUGUUCCGAAACAAACUCCGCCUCCGAAAUGCCCAAGAAGAGACGUGCGCCUCAGCCUCCCAGCAUGCUCGGCUCCCAGAGCGUCUCUGCCGAACCGAACUCUGGUCGACAGGCCGCUCUGCCGUCCACCCAUAACGAAAAAGAGGGUGUGCUGAGUCGCGUCUCAUCCACCGAAUCAUCUCUCAAGCAGAAUAAACGCAGAGCUCCGCCCCCUCCGUGCACAAGCCCCUCCCUGGCUAAUAAAGAGAAAGAGGUUCAUAAGGACAAAGUCAUGUGUUCUUUCUCAUCAGAAAGGUUGUCCAUUUUAGAGAACGAUGAAGAGGACGACUCGGCUGAAGCCGUUUUCAAGCAAUCCAGCCAUUUUAAACCGAACCGCUCGUCCAUCCGAUGGUCCCCUUUAAUGACCGAGGUGGUGUCUGAAUUGACCGACCGGAUUAAAUCCAUGGAGCAGAAAGACGCCUCAUUCGAUUGGUCCGUCAUACCUUCACAUCCAGCACCGAACCUUCCUCCGGUGUCUGGAUCUGUGGUGGACGCUGAUCCAGCGCUGCCCCCUGGCUGUGAGCUGCCGCGAAACGGCUCUCGGAGAGACGGCGUCAACACCUUCACCGUGGUGCCCCAGAAAAGGCCGCAAAGCACCAGACAAUACGAGUUUCUCCUGACCAUGAAGAAUGCGACGGUUAACGGAGAUGCAGGAGAACAUCUGGAGGAAAGGGUUUCAGAAUCCAGAGAGACUGAGAAGAUGGAGACGAGUAGCAAGGAGACGGUGAUGCUCGAAAAAACAGAUGAUGAAUUUGAGAAUGUAGUGGAGACAAAUCAAGAACCGGGUAUCACAGAAGGGUUUGGGAAAUUACAUCUGAACAUUGAUGUAGAGGAACACCUGGCAGAGGAAAAUCUCACAAAGGAACAUCUCACAAGGGAACAUCUCACAAAGAAGCAUCUUGCAGAGGAACAUCUCACAAAGGAACAUCUUCCUGAAGAACAUCUCGCAAAGGAACAUCUCAUAGAGGAACAACAACUAAAGGAACAUCUUGCAGAGAAACAUCUCGCAGAGGAAAAGCUCGCAAAGGAACAUCUCACAAGGGAGCAUCUUGCAAAGGAACAUCUCACAAGGGAACAUCUUACAAAGAAGCAUCUUGCAAAGGAAUAUCUUGCAGAGAAACAUCUCCCUGAAGAACAUCUCACAAAGGAACAUCUUGCAGAGAAACAUCUCCCUGAAGAACAUCUCCCAAAGGAACAUCUUGAAAAGGAACAUCUUGCAGAGAAACAUCUUCCUGAAGAACAUCUCGCAAAGGAACAUCUUGCAAAGGAACAUCUCGCAGAGAAACAUCUCCUAGAGGAACAUCUCACAAAGAAGCAUCUCGCAAAGGAAAAUCUCAUAGAGGAACAACUCACAAAGGAACAUCUCAUAGAGGAACAACUCACAAAGGAACAUCUCAUAGAGGAACAACUCACAAAGGAACAUCUUGCAAGGGCACCUCUCACAAAGAAGCAUCUUGCAAAGGAACAUCUCGCAGAGAAACAACUCGCAGAGGAACAUCUCUCGGAGAAACAUCUCGCAAAGGAACAUCCCCAAGAUGAACAUUCCGCAAAGGAACAUCUCAUAGAGGAACAACUCGCAAAGAAACAUCUCCAAGAUGAACAUCCCGCAGAGAAACAUCUCUCAGAGGACAGAGAUGGGAUGGAAGAUCAAGACGAGAGAGACUGGAUAAAGGAGUAUGCAAAAAGAAGAAGAAUAUUUCUAAGCGAUUAUGAUUAUGGGAGAGAAACAAAAUUAAAGACAUCUAGAAAGGCAUUUUAUGAAGAAAUGCUGGAUGAUGUUCCUCCACAUCCAUCACAGCUUUCUGUCUGCUGGGAAGAAGAAGAAGAAGAAGAACCUGAGACACCAGAGGAAACUGAAGGUUUGGGAACAGAGGAAACUGAGGAAGACGAAUCCAAAGCAAACCCUUUCACUCUCCAAAACCCAAAUCCAUCUACAUCUGAAGAACCCUACUUCGAUGUAAACCUUUCCUCUAACCUCCACUCCUCCAACUCCACACCUUUCACAAGCUCUUCUCAAUCCAAUCCUCAGGAUCACCAACCCACUUCACUUUGGUCUGCAUUGCCCCAUGGCUCAAAAUCUAAACUCGAACCGAGCUUUAAGCGUUCUUCUCCAAACUCGCCAUCUCUCUUUUCUUUGGCUGUCUCCCAGAGAGUUCAGAGUCUUGGGAAUGCCUUCAGUCCUUCAAUUCCAUCUACAAGAACCAUCAGCUCUCCAACUCCACAUCCUCAAAGAGUCGGUUCUCAACACACUUCCUCUCAAAAGCUCUAUUUCCAAAGUCUGAUCUCGGAAGAAAUCGUUUCUAAGUUUCCAGGGUCUCUAGAUCCCUGUGGCGAAGCUCCGCCCACUUCUACAGCUCCGCCCACUGUCAUUAUUACAACUCAGGCUAGGAGGCAAGCCUGGAGUUCCUUUUCACGCACACAGUUGAAGAAUUUGGAGCAAGUAUAAAUAUCCGGGUUCGAAUGAAGCAUCACAUUCUGUUGUUUUUUCUUUUUUUAAUUUUUCUUUUUUAUUUUUUAUAUUAAGCCCUAUUCUUUAUCUAAUCUUAUUAGAGUACUAAAAUCAUUUAAAAGCAAUUAGGAAUCGACGUAGUGAUGUUUUUGCUUUGUAUGUGAAUUAAA